AUGGAGAAUCCAACCACUACGCAUUUUAAGGCGGCAAAGAGAAUUCUUCGCUACCUCAAAGGUACGCUCAACUACGGCCUAUUCUAUUCAAAUACUCAUGAUUAUAAGCUUGUUGGCUAUAGUGAUAGCGAUUGGGCUGGAGAUAAUGAUGGCCGCAAGAGUACGAGCGGGUUCGUGUUUUUUAUGGGAGACACUGCUUUCACCUGGAUGUCCAAGAAGCAACCCAUAGUCACGCUAUCAACGUGUGAAGCUGAAUAUGUGGCUGCUACAUCCAGUGUUUGCCAUGCAGUUUGGCUACGGAGUUUACUGGAAGAGCUUGGAUGGCCACAAAAGGAGCCAACAACUAUUUGUGUGGAUAACAAGUCGGCAAUCGCGCUCUCAAAGAAUCCGGUUUUUCAUAAUCGAAGCAAGCACAUAGACACUCGCUUCCACUAUAUCAGAGAAUGCAUUGCAAAGAAGGAGGUUCAAGUGGAGUAUGUAAAAUCACAGGAUCAAGUUGCCGACAUUUUUACCAAGCCGCUCAAGUUCGAGGACUUCGCCAAGUUCAGAAAUUUGCUCCGAAUGAUAAAUCAAGUUUAA